CAGUAGAUGACAAUGUCACCAUCAAAGUUGAAUCAGGGUCAAAGAAGUGAAGAUGAUACAAUGAUCGAAUUUUCGGACAAACAUGAGGGAAAGACAACGGAUUUCGUUUUAGUCUACAGGAAAAGUUUAUGACCAACGUUUAAACAAGAAAAGCUUGAAUAUUUUAUUUGGCGACUUUCACUUGCGGGGAUUAUUAUUGACGCAGAACGAUUUUCGGCAGAUGCAGACUUGGUGUUUGUGAAGCUGCAUGCAUCCAAUGACGUUGUUUUUAAUUACGCUGACGUAUGUGAUAUUGACCUUGCGUGUCGAAACGAUGAUUAUAGACCUGAUUAUGAUACUCCUAAAGGUUUUCUGGCUACGCCUUUGACCCGUCCGAAGACCGAUAAUGAAGUCUACAAAAGAGCACCCGAAUCUGUUUCAAUGGAUAGACCAACUGGUAUAACAUCCGCAGAAAAAAUACUGAUUAUGGUAGAACUGAUGAAUCGUACAAAGUUUGGACAAAGGCCGAGUGAGUAUGGUAUCUAUAAAUUGAAACAGGAAAAAGUAUUCAUUGAUGCUUUCCCAGUUCAUGAUGGCGAACACAAAUGGACGGAAACUGGACGACUGAAUGACAGGCAGCUUCUAGCCCGAUAUUGGGGCAGUACCAAAUGCUGGUACAAAUGUCAACCACAUCACACGAUAGAACGUUAUUUUGGUACAGAAUAUGCGUUCUACUUUGCUUGGUUAGGCUUCUACAUAAAAAUGCUCAUCCCAGCAGCAGCAUUGGGGCUAAUCUGUUUUACCUUUGGACUUUCGACAUGUAACUACAAAUAUUUUAACUAUCGAAGCCAUGAGAUAUGCAAUAGUGACCAAAUCAUGUGCCCGAAAUGUCACCAAGAAGGAUGUACCUUCGAACCAUUAAGAGCUUCUUGCGGUCUUUCCAAAAUGUGCUACAUAUUCGAAAAUCCGACUACGAUUGCUCUGGCCAUCGCAACUGCAUUUUGGUGUAAGUUACACUGGUAGAAUU